CGUCGCUAUUCCGCGACGUCGCAACGCCUAUCGUCGAGAGCGUCGCGCAGUUGAGUUCAGUUAUUUCGAAAGCGCUAACUAAUGCGACAACGUGUUCACAUAUAGUUUGUUAUUAAAGUUGAGCUUGUAAGUUGUUUACAAUGUUAAACAACCGUGUUACAAAAAUAUCUAAAGUAUAAGUGUCUAUUGUAAUCGAAAUAAAAACGGUUCUGUAAAAAGAAACUAUUUUUUUGAGUGGGCGUGUUAAACAGUAAAUAAAAUCAUGGCAGUGGAAAUACUUGAUGUUGACCAUUAUGCCAUUAGCGCAAUAGUGACUGUCAGUAUGCAGCUAAUAUUUUUUUCCAUAGCUGCCAGCUUUCAGUUCGAUAAAUUGACUGAUUUUGCGGGUGGGAUCAACUUUAUUAUAAUUGCCUUGUUGACGUUUUUUCUUGGGCAAGGAAACCGAAAACAAUAUGAUAGUCGACAAUUAAUGGUGACGAUAUUUAUUUGUUUGUGGGGCGCUCGUCUGUCUGCGUAUUUGUUGUAUAGAAUUUUAAAAAUAGGACGAGAUAAAUGUUUCGAAGAUAAAAGAAGCAACGUCAUCAGGUUUGCCAUUUUUUGGACAUUUCAGGCUGUGUGGGUUUAUAUCGUAAGUCUUCCAGUAAUAGUUAUAAAUUCUCCCAGACAUUCGAUUCCGCCAGCUCCUAAAACAAUGACCACCCUUGACACAACAGGAACGUGUCUAUUUGUUAUUGGACUAUUGGCAGAAACAUAUGCAGAUUUACAGAAGUUCUCUUUUAGACAAGAUCCUGUUAACCAAGGAAAGUGGUGCAAUGAUGGCCUUUGGCGACUAUCGAGACAUCCCAACUAUUUUGGGGAAAUACUUUUAUGGUGGGGGAUUUUUACAAUAUGUCUUAAUGUACUCGAGGGGGUCGAAUGGGUUUCUAUAAUGUCUCCGAUUUUUACUACUCUAAUUAUUAUGUUUUUGUCAGGAAUGCCUUUGUUGGAAAAAUCGUCUGAUGCCAAAUAUGGAGAUGUUUCUGAAUAUCGUUACUACAAGGCCUCCACGUCACCACUUAUUCCAAUACCUCCAUCAAUUUAUGUGGAAGUGCCCCAAUUUCUAAAAUUUAUAAUGUGCUGCGAAUUUCCGAUAUACAAUUCGUUGUCAAAAAAAUCCAAACCAGCUCAAGAGACCAAAGCCAGCGUGCAACCAUAGCUAUACGCCAACGCUGGUCAAGAGACUAGCGUGUCGAAAACUAAAGUACGAAAUCCGCAAGUAACCGACAUAUGAUACUUAUUAAAGUUUGCAAUAGAUUAAAACGAGUAAGAACUUAUCCAUCUUGUUGUACACUGGUUGUUCUUACUCACAAUCAGUAACAGGGCUGCUGUAAAGAUUAUUUUCAUAAUGUCAAGUGAAACACGUAGGUUUCGAUGAAGUAUUAGAAAAAAAAACCAAAUUCAGAACUAAAGCACUGCACAGGCAAAAGUAUAUCGAUAAAAAGCAUGUUGUAGCAAAUGCUUUAAAAAUACUGUAGGUAUUUGCAAUAGAAAGUUAACAACUAGAUCGUUCAAAACAAGUUAAAAAAUGUUCUGUAGCGAUUUAUUCCAAUGUGCAAGAUUAUUAUAUGUAUUAUAUAAGUAGGUACUUGCAUAUGUAAUACUUUGGUCUAGACAGAAAUUAAUUAUUUUUGGUCAGCAAACAUUUGGGAAAUAAAGAGGAUAUUGUUAAUUCCUCACAAAAUGUAAAGCUCUAAGAAAGUUUUUUGUUACCUAAUUCAUCAUAUUCGUUGAAAACAAUAUGCCCUUGUUAGUCCUGAAAAUCUGAAUAUUGCAAUAUAAAAACAUGAAAAGGAAUUAUUAAGAAGAAAUCGAUGAUCUCUGUAAAGGAAAUGUUAGUUGCCUGUUUUCAGAAAACUUCAUUUAAUUCAUAGACGCAGUGCAUACUUCCCAACCAAACGUAUGUAUGAGCCCCACAGCUUUGAAAGGUCCCAUGAUAAAGGAUCACCAUAAUAUUGAUUCAAUAUUGAAAGAAUAUCACAUCAAAGGAGACUAUCGAGACUGGCCUAUCUAUCCUUAGAAACGAAAUAUACCGGGCAUAUUAUCUAUGUGAUAGAGAACAUAGAGAUCUGUCUGAAACUAUCAGUGGUUUUAACAUUAUAAAUUAUCUUCAACUUGCUUUACUUAAGCAAGUCACUGUACCUAUUAUCAUAUGCUCCUGUGGAACUCGAAUUAUGUGCUUAAUAAUCAGUGUGAUGUGCAAUUCCAUCCAGUGCAAGGUGAGGAUCUCGAUUGUCUCCUUUCAAAACAUAAAACAUAUCUAUUUUACAAGAAUAUCUGCGAGGGGGCUAAGAGUUUUGAUUGCCCAAGGGUCUACAUAGAGAUUAUUCUGCACUGUGUAGACAUAUCACUUAGAAUAUGGCACUUCUGUUAAUUAGCUCAAAAACUGUAAACAUUAUUAUUGUUUUAAAAAUAUAAACAAAAAACUUUGUGAAUGAUCUUCACAGUGAUUCGUCAAUGUUUCUUUGUUUUCCUUUCUCUACUCUAAAACAG